UUCCGUUAUCAACACUAGAACACUCUGAACUUAUAUCAACCACAAGAUUUAUAUUGAUAUAGAGUUGUGCCGUGCUGUAUAAUGUUUGUUCUGCGUUUUGCUUUUGGUCUGUGUUUGAGUGGGAAUCUGAACUGUUUUUUUUUUUAACCUGGGGGAAGAAAAACUUCUAAUCUUUAAUAAAGAGAACUAAAGCAAAAACAAGAAGAAAUGGAACAAUCUACACUUUUCAGAAUACGAGUGGUUGGUGUGUUAGUGGCAAACGAUGAGAACUGUCACUAAAUCACUUCCAUUUGUUAUUACAAAAAGUAAAGAAAAGAACCAGAAAUUUAAAACUCAAUCCCCAAAAAGAAAAAAAUGAGAUAAACAACAAAAUAAAUAAUUGUGAACGCAAAGCAAAGCAAAGCAAGGCUCAGAGAGAGAGAGACAGAGGAAGAAGGAUGAGAUUUUAAUCUUCCUUGAUAAAUCCCAAUACCUAAAUACCCAAUUUCCCCCUUAAUUGUUAGGCGGCCAGAGAAAGAUUAAAAGAGAGAGACGCAUUGCUUUCUCUGGAAUCUUCACUGCUUACAAUCGAUCUCUCCACCCAGAUUCUCCGGAGGAGCUUUGCGUCUUUCUCCUUGUCCUAGAGAGACAUUAGAGGGUCCUAUCUAACUUGUUCUUGAGCUGUCAAAAGGUGGUUACUAUGUCUAUGGAGUAGAAUCAAAUCUGGAGAAAUGGUUUAAGUUGUGUUGUGGAAGGAGUUUCAGCUGGGGAUUUGAUGGGUAAAGAGAGUCCGUUGGAGAUUACCAAUAGCGGAGUCAGUGAUCACGACUCUCCACCUCUCAAGAACGAUGAAGCACCACCACCACCACCACCACGUUACAGUUCAGACAAAGACACCGGCUUACCAACAUGCCGCGUCUGCCAAUGCGCAGAAUCCGACAGAAGAGGAGACGCUGCUCUAGGCUUUUUAGGCAUCACACCUCCUGUCUCAGAGCCUCGUAGAAGCAGCAACGCAAAAAACCAAGAAACCGCCGAUCAUAAAACCGGCUUCAUCGAACUGAUAAGUCCAGACGGAGAAGUCUUCGUCUGCGCGAACGAAGACAUAGAAAUGGGAGCUUGGCAGCACCGAGACACCUUGCUAGAGCUCGGAUGCUCUUGCAAAAACGACCUCGCUCUGGUGCACUACGCCUGCGCGUUGAAAUGGUUUGUCAACCACGGAUCAACCGUCUGCGAGAUAUGUGGAAACGUUGCGGUGAAUAUAAGAACGGUUGAUCUCAACAAAGUGGUCGUAGCGUUGAAAGAUUACGCAGCGCUGAGAGAAAGAACGGCUGGUGGAGAUCCCAACCCUGUAGCUGUUUGUAAUAGCAGCAACACGAGCUCUUCGGGGAUAGAUCCUGAUGCUGUUGCAGCCAUUAGAAGGCAACGGCUUAGUGAGAUUUCGUUGUGGUUUGGUCCUCAUUGUCCAAACAAUAAUAAUGGUAGUAGUAAUUCAGCUGCUGCGGGGGUGGCAGCUUCUUCUCAGGUUACAUCUGAACAGCCUUUGGGUGUCGUAAGCUUUGAUAUAUUGCCUAUGGAGAGCAGAGCUACUAAAUGGGCUGUGGAAGGUACAGGGAUACUACUUGCUACGGGGUUACUCACUGUUACUUUGGCUUGGCUCAUUGCUCCACGUGUUGGGAAGAGAACUGCAAAGAGUGGACUGCACAUACUCCUGGGUGGACUCUGUGCUUUAACAGUAGUCAUCGUCUUCAGAUUUGUAGUGCUGACUAGAAUCAGGUACGGACCAGCACGUUACUGGGCGAUAUUGUUCGUCUUCUGGUUUCUUGUGUUUGGCAUCUGGGCAUCACGUUCUCACGCUCACGCUUCCACUUGAACAUUCUUCCUCAUCCUUAUUCUCCUGGUUUGUUUGUGUUACUCUUUUUUUCUUUUAGUAUGUCUCUGUCAAUAUCGUUUACAUCCUUGUAUUAGAAGAAGAAGAAAGAAAUGUACAAUUAUUUGUCCCCAUAAAAAGAAACUUCUGUCUCUCAGUUAUUAGUCCAUGCCGGUUUCUUCUGCAUGGGUCAAUUAGACCUGAGAAGAAGAAACAAAAAUUCCACAACAUGAACAUAGAGAGCAAUGCAGAAGACAGUUUGCGGUUGUUAUCUUAAAAAUACAAGAUUGUAUGUGACCUCUAAGAAUGUUGCUUGAUUAUAAAUAUGUUAGUGUUCAUAUGAAGAGUGUCUCAGAGUAACUCUUGUUUAACGAUUUCUAAUGGAGUUAGGACUUUCCGUUUCAAGUCCUGAGAAAUUGUGCGUUUCUGUUCUUUCACCCAUACACUUCGCAAGAACAGCAAAAAAAGAAAUCUCUUGGACGUAACACUCAUCUUUCCUUAAUAAAGUGGAGUGUUCAGAAGACAAAGCAGUGAUAGCCUGGUAGGUAGAAUGAUCUACUCAAGUCUCUGUUAAUAAAUAGCUAAUACGGCCAAGACCGAAUCAGUAAAACUACUAUCUACUGAAGUCUUUACGGUACGUUCAAGUUUCAUGUUUCUGUCUACCGACAUAAUUUUUGUAUAAGAAAACAGUAUAAAUAUAUUGUGAUUUAUUUUGUUUGAACAUAUUUUAACUAUCAAACAAAUAUUUGUAUAGCAAUAUAUACAAAAUAAAACAAAAAACGUGGACUCAAAAGUCUUUAGCAUUUGUUGGAUAGCAAAAGAAUGGCAGGAUGCGUAAGUCAUUGUACAGGAUAAAAAACGCGUUAGCAUUGGAGUUUAGUUCUGGUGUGAGUAGGAUGCUUCAUUUCAAUCUCUUAUAAAUUUAGAUAGCAUUUCAUGCAAUGUAAGUUGUGUAACGAAAGAAAACAAGCUAAAAAUGGCUAAAGAGAAAUCAUAUGUGAUAGCUCUUCUUCUUCUUCUAUCUUUGCUCCUAUGUCUUUCUUCUCAAGUUGGUGUUGCCGAGGCCAGACGCCAUACAAUUACUACCGGGUAUUCAGAUUCUCGAUGUGCGGAUAAAUUUCCAACAGCUCCACCACCAGUCUACAAACCUACCCCGCCGAUAGUCACUCCGAGGUCUUCGUCACCCAAAGGAAAAGGCCCAUAACUCCAUAAGUGCUGAAAAGUUUCAAGAAAUGACAGGGGAUUGAAGAAACACACACAAGAAGAGUAAACAACCUUUAUUACUGUACAACUCGUAUAUCGAAUUUUUACGUGUAUGUAAACGUAAAAUUAAAUAAUUACGUGUAAACUUUUAAAUAAAAGAAGAUUACGAACUUUUAGCUAUGA